AUGGAUGAACAGGGAGGAGGUAGAAGAAAGAGGAGAGCUUACAACACCAAAAUCACUCAUAUUGUUCCAUCUAUUCAUUCCUUGCCUCGCGAGUUAGUUGUCCAUGUUCUUGGAAGGGUAGCUUCUCAUUCAUUACGUGAUCUUUUAAAUGCCAAAUUAAGGUGCAAAUCUUUGUUGUUUUACAGCUGUAGGGAAUGGAAUGAAUUGGGUGAUGAUAACUUGGUAUAUAAACAUGCAUCACUUGCCAAGAUCUCAAUCUUUAGGUGGAAACGAGAAACUCCAGAAAAUAAAAGGAGAAGAUCUUUGUUCUUGCAGAAGUGUGUCGAUGCUGGAAAUUUAGAAGCAUUAUAUAGGAGAGGAGUGGUUGAUUAUUUGCAAAGAAAGGAACAAGGAUAUGCACUUGGGUGCUUGAAGAAGGCAGCAAAUGCAGGGCAUGUAGCAUCCAAGUAUGCAGUUUGCAUAAUUUCAAUAUAUUUGGGGGGAGAACAUAAGAAAGAUGGAAUCAGUGUGUUGGGUAGAAUGAAGAAGUCAAAGCAAAGUAGAAAGGAAGUAAGACAAGCUCGUUGGAAACUACUAGACAUCAUCAAGAUGAUGUGGUUGCGUAAUUUUCUGGGUGUAGCACCAAAACCUGUUUGUUGCACUAAACAUCGUCUUUGUAAGAAGAACAGUUGGGGUCCCAUUGACAGUGAUGAUGAAGAUUCAGGCAUAGAGUGUGAAUCUUGUAAAUGUGACUUAGAAAUUUCUUACUUUAAUAGUAGUUGGCCAAAAGUAUGUACUCCGUAA